AUGUCCCUCCUCACGCUCUCGCACGAGAUGGUCGUCCACGUCCUCUCAAACCUGCACUACAACGACCUCAACACAUGCCGUCGCGUCUGCCACCUCCUCAACCGCAUCAUCCAGGGCAGCAUCCUCCUUCAGUACUCUAUGCAGCUCCAGCUUUCCGGCUUUGAAGACAAUGCCUCUUCGCCACUCGUCAUAGCCGACAAGCUUCGUCUUCUCAAGCAGCAAGAAUCAGCCUGGCAGCGCCUCGACUUCUCCAAACCUGUCCCCGUCCGCCUGCCUUUCCACCCUUCCAGUAUCUACGAGCUUUCCGACGGCAUUUUCCUCCUCGGCGAGUCCACUUCAGGCCUUCAAACCGGCACCGACAUCAUUCGCUGGACGCGCCUUUCUGCACUCUCAGCAGGUCCCACAUCCGACGACAAUUGGGUGCGCAUAUGUGUGGGCGCACAUAUCAUCGACGUCGGUCUCUCCGUGCAAGAGCACGAUCUUGUCGUGGUUGCUACCGACCGAGAGUCCGAAGACGGUGAGACGAUUUUCGAACUUCGUCUGCUCCAGCUUUCCACCGGCCUCAACCAUCCUCUCGCCGCAAACCCGGUCGUGCAGCUCGCGACCGUGCCCGCGCUCACGCAGCCCGUCGCGGGCCAGUGCAGCGUCUGCAUCGAGAUCGUGGGCGAUUACCUCUGUUUCAUGUUCCACUACCCUGGCCCCUACGGUGCCACACAUCCGCCCGCGAUGUUCGAGGUGUACGACUGGAAGACGGGAGAGUGCCUCCAGAUACGAGAAAUGAAGUGUACCAGCUACUCGACAUUCACCUUCCUCGCCCCAGACGUGAUCGCCCUUCCGAACUGCGCCGACAACACUAUCGAGCUCUGUCAUAUCGGCCAGCGCCCGGUUGACGACACGCCACUCAAACUCGAGCCCACAUGUAUCCUCCAGCUGCCAAGACUACAGAAGGGUCACAGCAUUGCACAAGUGACAUGUCGCUCGGAGCCCAAAACAGCACGCGCCCGGACCCACGCUCGCGCGUUUCGCUCACAAGAGCCGUUCCACCACUGUCCGGAGCAGGCCAUCGUGAUCUUCAACGUGAUGACACACGAUGAUCAAGGCUGGCACGAGUGCCUCACGCUCAUUGCACAUACGAAGUCACUCCUUAGGACCCUCAAACCCUCCAGCCCCCGUCCCACCUCGUCUUCAUUGCCCACCGCAGCCAGUCCAAAGUCGCCCGCAAAGUCGCCCGCGGCCCCUGACAUCCCACCGGCACCGCAGAUCGCCUGGACAGACUGGGGCCCAGACGCGUGCCGCUGGCUCGAGACGUCCUUCAGCGCGAGCCGAUGGAUCACAACGACGUGUGGGCAGCGAUAUGUGACCGUCGAGGAGGACUCACCGGACGACGAGCAGCCGCCGACGGCGACGAUCGUUGUCUUCGACUUCAACCCGCACACGAUCCGCAAGCUCGCCGCGCACAACCGCAGACAGCGCCGCCGACAGCGCCGCCAGCUAGGGGUGGACGGCCACGGCCACGGCCUCGGCGCCUAUCCAGUCGAAGCGCCCCCCACCUUCGCGCGCGCGCUCGACCCCGCUCCCCCGCCGAUCACGUUCACGGACAAGGAGACGCAGGUGAUCGGGCAGAUCCAGUGCGAGCCCACGGAGCUCAUGUCCGCGUACACGCCCGACCACCGCAUCUUCUGCGAGCGCGUGCGGACGGGGCUGCCGUACAUGCAGCUGAGCUCGUACGAGACCUUUGGCUACGGCGCCGUCCUCCUCGACCGGAACAUCAUCAUCGGGGUCAAGCUCAACGAUGCGGACGACAUCAAGGAGCUCGUCAUUCACUCUAUCAACUCGGGACGAUGA